ACCGUCUCCAAGGAGCGGUCCAGGGCACCGGUUUCAAAGUCGCAGGGCGGGCCGGGUGGACUUCCGCAGUUGGCCCCGGGUUUCCCCGCGGUCCUGAAGUCAACGCCCCCCCCCCCCCACCCCCGAAACGCUCCUUCAAGGACGCCUCCACCCGGCCUCCUGGCUGGCUUCCUUGGCUCUCUCCUAAGUGGCCCGACACGACCCCGAGUGACCUGCGGGACGUCUAUAUCCACCCGCGUCUCCUUUUUACCCGGCUGGGAUUCGAAUGAACGUGGAACAAAAUUCACUUGGCGGGUCCCCAGCAAACCUGAAACCUGAAGUCUGUCGCCUGAGCGAGGAGGGGCUCGGCUGGGACUCAGGAGAAGGCGCGGCGGGGCUGUUGACGCCGCGUGAGUAGGAUACUGAUUACACUGCUGAGUGCUUGACAACCUCCAGCGUUGCUUUAGUUUAGCUUUCCCGGACAGCGAGCUCUCUGGGGUUUUUUUGUUUUUGUUUUUUAAGAAAGUGAAGGUGGUAAAAGCUCCAGACUGAAAUUGUAUCGAAAUGGCCACGGAAAUCGACUUUCUGAGAGAUCAAAAUCAACGGCUAAAUGAAGUGCUUAGGCGAUAUCAAAUGGAAGAUUUUUCCAAAUAUUCAUUGGUACAGAAAGCUGUCUUCAAAGGAGGUGGAGAUGACACAUUAGAAAACACACUAGUUGACCAAAGCUUUUUAGCUCCUCUUAUUAUUGAGUAUGAUAAACAUCUGGAAGAACUAAAUGGGCAGCUGAAAUAUUACCAGAAACAGAUGGGUGAGAUGAAACUACAACUUGAAAAUGUCAUCAAGGAAAAUGAAAGGUUGCACAGUGAAUUAAAAGAUGCUGUUGAAAAGCAACUGGAGACCCUUCCCUUUGGCACAGAUAUGGGAAAUGAUAUAUAUACAGAUGAUGAAACAGUCAGGAAUCUUCAAGAACAAUUACAACUAGCCAAUCAAGAAAAAACUCAGGCUGUGGAACUCUGGCAGACUGCUUCUCAGGAGUUGGACAGACUUCAGAGACUUUACCAGGAAUAUAUGACUGAGGCCCAGAUUCAUGUAGUUGAAAGUCAAAAACAAAAGGAUCAACUGACCAAUUUUCAACAACUGACCAAGCAACUUCAUGUUACUAAUGAGAACAUAGAAAUGACUAACCAACACUUUCUGAAAACAGUAACUGAACAAAAUGUGGAAAUUGAGCAACUCCGAAAACAACUUAGGCAAGCCAAGUUAGAUCUGAGAAGUGCAGCAGCAAAAGUGGAUGAGUUAACCAAAGUAACUGAAGAUCUUCAAGGACAGAUGCAAAAGAAGGAGGAGGAUAUGUUGUCUGCCCAGGGAAGAGAGGAAGCAUCAGAUAGGCGUUUACAGCAGUUACAAUCUAGUAUAAAACAAUUAGAAACAAGACUCUGUGUAGCAAUGCAAGAAGCCACUCAGUUAAGAGCACAAAAAACACAUUUGGAAAAACAGACUAGAGAAUUACAAGCAAAGUGCAAUGAAUUAGAAAAUGAAAAAUAUGAAGCUAUUGUAAGAGCCAGAAAUAGCAUGCAGCUCUUAGAAGAAGCUAACCUUCAAAAAAAUCAGGCUCUACUUGAGGAGAAGCAAAAAGAAGAAGAUAUAGAGAAAAUGAAAGAAACAGUGUCUCGGCUUAUGCAAGAUGUUACCCUAAGAACCAGGAAGGAAGUUGCAAGCACAAGAAAACAGUAUAAUGUACAGAUUUCUCGACUAACAGAAGAACUUUCAGCCCUUCAAAUGGAGUGUGCUGAAAAACAAAGCCAAAUUGAACGAGCCAUUAGGGAGAAAAAAGCAGUGGAAGAAGAACUAGAAAAGAUUUACCAUGAAGGCAGAGUAAAUGAAAGUGAUUACAGAAAACUAGAGGAAAUGCACCAAAGAUGCCUGGUUGCAGAGCGUUCAAAAGACGAUCUUCAGCUAAGACUUAAGACAGCAGAAAAUAAAAUAAAACAACUUGAAAUAAAUUCCUCAGAAGAGAUAUCACGUUGCCAAGAAAUGAUUCAGAAACUUCAAAACUUAUUGGAGUCUGAGAGAGAAAACUGUGGAUUUGUCAGUGAACAAAGGCUGAAACUUCAGCAAGAAAAUGAACAGUUACAGAAAGAGACUGAGGAUUUAAGAAAGAUUGCUCUUGAAGCUCAAAAAAAAGCCAAAUUAAAGAUCAGUACAAUGGAACAUGAAUUUUCAAUAAAGGAACAUGGAUUUGAAGUUCAACUAAGAGAGAUGGAAGACAGUAAUCGAAAUUCCACUGUUGAACUGAGACAUCUCUUAGUGACUCAACAGAAGGUGGCCAAUAGGUGGAAAGAAGAAACAAAGAAACUUACUGAAAGUGCAGAGAUUAGAAUCAGUAAUCUCAAGUCCCUUAGACGAAGGCCAAGAGGAUGUACAUAUGGAUGUGUAACAGACUCCUUUUAAACGUGUAGAUGCAUGGGAAAGGGCACCAGCUUCUCCUGCAGGUCAUCUACGGCAGUAGUUGGAGAUGGUGAGAGAUAAAUGAAAACAGGGUUCUAGUUUGUCCUUAUAGUUGCUUCCGUUCAUAUCUAGCUUUUCUUCAUGACAUCUAGUUUAGCUGGCCCAUAGUGACUUUGGACUUAACACCAGAUGCAGAAACAACUGCAUUGCAUUGGCUUUUCUACCAGCUCCCACAGGUGUGUCACACCUAAUUCCCAAAAUAAAUCCCAUAUUCUGUAUCACUCAGUGUAGCUCUGUUUUCCUGAAUAAACCCUGAUACAUAUAGGAAUUGGUUUCAAUUACAGAAGUAGUUCCAGAAGAAUAUAACCUCAUGAAUGGGUACUCUAACUGGAUCUGGAUUAUCUGGAAUUGAUUCUCUGCUUUGAUUAGAUUUAAAGGCCACUGGUAAAGGGUACACUGGUGAUCCAUGCUAUGCAAUGGCAAAACAGUUACUUAAAUUACCACCUAUAUAAUCAAGUGCCUAUAAAGAAUAAGGUGUGUAAAGUUUUUUUGAUGGAGAAAACUGACAAACCAGAGACUCAGGAAAUAGUUGCAGGUAGCAGUUUGAGUCCAGAGACAUUCAGGCUGGAGACCUGAAGAGCCAUUGUUACCAUUCAAGUCCAAAAGUGGUCUACUGCAGAAUUUCCUCUUGCUCGGGGGAAGUCAGCUUUUUGUUCUAUGAGGCCAUCAACUAGUUGUAUGGGGCCCACCCACAUCAUGAAAGGUAUUCUGCUUUAUUCCAAGUCCAGUGAUUUAAAUGUAAAUUUUACCUAAAACACUCUCACAGACACAUCCAGAAUAAUGCUUGAUUAAACAUCUGGGCACCAUGGCCCAGACAAAUUGACACAUAAAAUUAACCAUCACACUCUCCAUUUUACACAUGAGAAAACUGUAGACUUUGAAAAAUUUAUACAGAUCCAUAAUUCAUUGUCUGCAAUUUUAAAUUUGAAAAAAAAACCCGAAAACAAACUUUUCCAAAGUUAACUGCCUAUACUUUGGUGGCAAACCUGACUUGAACUGACAGGAGUCUAUUUAUGGUAUAGGUAUAUCUGUGUGUGCACACACAUAUAUGCAUGUGUAUACAGAUACACAUAAACAUUUAUUAUGCCUAUUCACAUGUUUUACUGAGAAAUAUUUAUGACUACUGUAAUCUCCGUCCUACUCUAAACCCUUAAAAUACUGUUCUUGGCUGUGUUAGGCUCUGCUAUAUUAUACAUGUAACUUGUACACACGAGCUAAUUAUUCCCAGUAGGUUAUUGAUAGUGAAUGUGUUUUAUUUCAGUUUGUAUUCUCUGAAGUAUCAAAGUACAUUGCCAAAAGGAAGCACGUAGAAUGUUGAAUAUAAUUGUCUUGAGUCUGUCAAAAUACUUUUAACACAACCCUGUCUAUUGCUUUCAUCUGGGCUAGAAAGAUUGUUAAGGUUCUUUACAACUUGUGACUUCAGGAAUAGUACUUGAUUUUUUGAAAAAUAAUUCACCCCAGUUAUAUACUCAUUAUCAAGGAAUUUUUACAUGAUUCCCUUGAGUUGUCUCAUUAUUACAUAGGAGUCUGUGAGUUGUAAGAUUAUCCAUUUUUUUUUUUGGUAGGAUAUUUUAUUAGUUCAGAAAGAUCAAAGAAUAUCUUCAAAAAUUAUAGAUACCUUAUGGGGAGCCUUGGUGGCUCAGUUAAGCAUCUGACUCUUGAUAUCACUAGCCUCGGCGGGGCUCCACACUCCAUGCUGACUGUGCUUGCUUGGGAUUCUCUCCCCCUCUCUCUCUGUCCCUCCCCUGCUGAUGUGCUCUCUCUCUCUCAAGAAUAAAUAAAUUUUAAAAAUAUAGAAAUUUAAAAAAGAUAUCUUAGACUUUAAGUUUUAUAGAUCUUACCUUCCAUACAUUUAUAUUUUAGCAUAUAGGAUUAAAUAUAUUUGACCAGUAAACACCUUAAUGAAUGUAACAAAUGCCCACAAAUUGAAUUCUUACAUCUAAAAUCACUUUUUUUUGAGAGAGAGAGGGCGCUAGUGAGCAAGGGGCAAAGAGAGGGAGAGAGAGAAGCAGGGUUCACCUGGGGCUUGUGCAAGGCUUGAGCUCACCCGAUGUGGGGCUUUAGCUCAUCCAAGUAGGACUUGAACUCAUGAACUGUGAGAUCAUGACCUGAGCCGGUCAGAUACUUAACAACUGAGCCACUCAGGUGCCCCUAAAAUAAUUUUAAAUGUUCUAACUCAUGCUUUUUAAAAUAACCUGUAAAGUGCUGUGUGAAGGAAAAUUUGUAUAGUUGUUUUCAAUUAUAGACAAAUCAAUGAUUCCACAGAUUAUUUUUCCCCCGAAACAUAAAUUGAGGCGGAGAUCUGGCACGGGCACAAAAUAGAUGUGUCCCCACAUGUGGUAAACACAAAAGAUCAAAACAAAGUGAAGAUGAAAAAGAGAGUAGACUUGAAUUACCUUAGAGGAAGAUAGAGAACACAGUGGUGACAUUAAACCAGAUGGGCUAUAAUCAUAAAAAGAAAUUGAAUAAAAUACUUUUUUUGUAAAAAUAUGCAGAAUAAAUCUGAAAACAUGAAACCUUGGUAGCUGGGAUUAUUUUUUUUUCUUUGCAGCUGUCAGUUAACAUUUUAUUUUUUAAGUUUUUAUUUUAAUUCCUGUUCAUUAACAUACAGCAUUAUAUAUGAGUUUCAGGUGUAUUAUAUAGUGAUUCAGCAGUUCCAUACAACACCCAAUGCUUAUCAUGACAAGUACACUCCUUAGUCCCAUCACUUAUUUAACCCAACCCCCCCACUCCCACCCCCUUCCCCUCUAACCGUCAGUUUUCUAUCUCUCUCUCUCUCUCUUUUUUUCCCUUUGCUUAUUUGUUUUGUUUCUUAAAUUCCACUUGAGUGAAAUUAUAUGGUAUUUGUCUCUCUCUGACUUAUUUCACUUAGCAUUAUACUCUCCAGCUUCAUCCAUAUCAUUGUAAAUGGAAAGAUUUCAUUCUUUUAAUGGCUGAAUAGUAUUCCAUUGUAUAUGUAUACCACAUCUUCUUUAUUCAUUAGUUGAUGGACUCUUGAGCUGCUUCCAUAUCUUGGCCGCUAUAAAUAAUGCUGCUAUAAACAAAGAGGUGCAUGUAUCCCUUUGAAUUAGUGUUUUGUAUUCUUUGGGUAAGUACCCAGAAAUGCAGUUGCUGGAUUGUAGGGUAGUUCUAUUUUUAACUUCUUGAGGAACCUCCAUACUGCUUUCCACAGUGGCUGCACCAGUUUGCAUUUCCACCAGUUCACGAGUGUUCUUUUUUCUCCACGUCCUUGCCAACACUUGUUGUUUCUUGUGUUGUUGAGGCUAGCCGUUCUGACAGAUGUGAGGGAUAGCUGUGGUUAUAUGAAAUAAUCACUCAGUGCCUUUAAUACAUACUGAUAAUAUUAACAUGGUGAUACUAGACUGGAAAGUCAUCUAUCUUUUGGUAACACUCUUCCUAAUGAGCUUAAGAUAAUAAAAGGUUUCUUUGACUACUCAAAAUAUAGUUUUCAAAUAUUGGAAAUCACAAUAGAUUUUAGAAAUAUUGAUCUGGUGUGAGAAUUGAAGGUGAGAAAUACACUGCAGCAGAAAAGAUCCAAAGCUUAGUAAUGAAUAACACUUUUGGAGGAACAUAUUUGCUGGAACAUAAAGAUAUUGGUAACCAAAAAUUAAUAGUAAAUGACAUCUUUAAUGAUAAUAGCAAUGUUUAUAUAAUGAAAUACAGCUACUUUUUUUUAAGAUGCAACAAAUUGGCACUAAAAGAUAAAAUAUAGAUAUCCAAGAAAGAAAUAUCACAGGAAAUUCUUCUUUAAUCAUGUUAUGGAAUUAACUGUUUCCAUAGAGUUGAUUUUCACUUGAUCUUCUCUGUUCAAGAGUUUCAUUAUCCAGUUCAUUGCUGAAUUACUAAUCUCUCCUAAAGCUUUCAGUUUGGCCCAUUUGGGGUGUGGGGAGAAGGAAAGAAACCAGGCAAAAAUAAAUCAUAGCUUUUAAGAUCGUAUACAUAGCUGCUACAAGAAUGCUUAUAGUAGCAUUUUUCAUAAUUGUCUCCAAAUGGAAAUGCAAAUGCCCAUUAGCAGUACAAUGGAUAAUGAAUUUAUUAUUACUCUAUAAUAUCCUGAUAUACCUAGACAUCCCUCUUUCUAGCAUAUUCCUAAAAAUGGAAUUGUUGAGUCAUAAGGAAUGCAUAUUUUCAACGUAGUAGAAAAGGCCUCACUGUUUCUCAAAAUAAUUGUAACUAUUUACAUUUUUGCAAGUAGCGUAAGAAUUUCUGAUAGUCCUCAGCUUCACUCAGUGAAGUCAGAUAUGUUAAAUUGUGUGACUGUAAUGAUUAUUGGUUUCUCAUUAUAGUUUUAACUUGCAGCUCAUAAUUCUAUUGAAGUUGAACAUCUACGUUUAUUGGCCUUGUGAACUUUUACUCUGUGAAGUGUCUCUUCAAGCCUUUUAACCAUUUCUCUAUUGUUUACUUUUUCUCAAGUGUUGCAAAUAUCUUCUCCAAAAAACAAAAACAAAAAUAUCUUCUCCUAUUCUGUGGCUUAUCAUUUCCUUCUUUCUAUUUUUCUCUUCCCCAUCUCCUGACACAUUUUGAUAAACAGAAAUUAUUAACUUUGAUGGAGUCAUAUUUAUCUCUGGUUUUAUGAUGACUGUGUGUCUUAUUUUAAAAACUCCCUUUCUAUCCUGACCUCUAAAGAUUCUCUUUUAGCUUAACUACCAAAAGUUUUAUAGUUUUACCUUCCACAGAUAAGUCUUUAUUCACUCUAAAAUUGAUUUUGUGUAUAGGGUAAGAUAGAAGUCCAUUUUUUCCAUGUGGUAGCCAUUCAUCCCUAUAACCUUUCAUGACAAAAUUGUCAUUUCCUCAAUAUUUUGCAGAGUCCCCUUUGUCAUAUUUGUGUUCGUAUGUGUGUGUCUGUUUCUGAGCUUUCUUAUGUUUCAUUUGUUUGUCUGCCAAUCCUGUGUCGAUACCAUAUUGCUGUUUAUUAUAGCUUUAGGAGACACUUUUGAAAACAAAUACAAAAUUAGAAAAGUGACUUGAUAUCUGAUAGAACCACUCCUCUUGUUCUAUUUUUCAAAAUUCUUGUCUAUUCUUGGCCAUGGACAUUUCCUAUUCAUGUUAAAAUCGUGUUCUUAAAUUCCAUAAAGAAAUGUGAUGAGAUUUUGAUUGGGAGUACAUUGAGUCUAUAAGUAAAUUUGGAGCAAGUUAAAAUAAUUUAAAGUUUUAAAGAUUCCAGUCUUUUGGACAUGCAUCUCUCCAUUUGUUUACAUCUUUUUUACUACCCUCAGUAAAGUGUAUUAAUUUCUUUAUAGAAGUCUUACACAUCUUUGUUAGAUUUAGUUGGUAUAUUUUAGUAAUUGAUAUUUUAUGAUAUAAAUAGUACUUCCCUGAUUUUAUUUUGUGAUCUUUGCUUGCAUUACAGAAAUAGAAAUGCUUUUUAUAACUGAUUUUUUUUAACCAGGAACCUUGCUCAGUACAAAAACUGUAGAUUCUUUGAGUUUUUCAACAGCUUUAUUGUGGUAUAAUUUGCAUACCAUAUAUCUCGCUCCAUUAAGCAUACAAUUCUGUGAUUUAUAGUAAUUUUACAGAGUUGUGCAAGCAUCACUUCAAUCAGGUUUCAGCACAUUUCCAUCAAACCACAAAAUCUCCCAUGCCUAUUUGCAGGCAGUACCAACUUCCUAUUUCUGACAAUCAAUAAUCUACUUGCUGUCUCUUUAGAUUUGCCUGUUCUGGGCAUUUCCUGUAUAGGGAAUCACACAUCAUAUGUUCUUUUGCAUCACACUUCUUUCCCUUAGCAUAAUGUCUUUCAGAUUCAUCCAAAUUGUAUCACAGAUCAGUAUUGUGUUUAUUUUUAUCAAUGAGUCAGUAGUAUGGAUAUAUACCAUAUUUUGUUUUAUCUGCUCACCAGUUGAUGGACCUUUGCAUUGAUUCCAUUUAAACUAUUGUUUAAUUGUGGCAAAAUAUGCAUAUGACAUUUGCCAUCUUAACCAUUUUUAAGUAUACAUUUCAGUGGUAUUCAGUGUACUGAAUGAUGUAUCACCACCCAUCCUUCUCCAGAAUUGCUUUUCAUCUUGAAAAUUGGAAACUCUGUACCUAUUAAACUAAACUCCCCCAGUGCCCUCUUCCCCCUCCUCCAGCCACUGGCAACAACCACUCCACUUCUGUCUCUGUGACCUUGACUACCACCCUAAAUACCUCAUAUAGGUAUCAGAGGUAUCAGUCCCCCUGUGACUGGCCUAUUUCACCCAACACAAAGUCCCCAAGACUCAUCCAUGUUGUAGGGUAUGCCAGAAUCUCCUUCUCUUUUAAGGCUAGCAGAUAAGGAGGGACUUGCUUCUGUCAUUUUACUAUUUGUUUUCUAUAUACUUCACAGCUUUUUUGUCCUUCAUUUCUUGCAUUACUGUCUUUAUGUUUAGCUGAUUUUUUUAAAUGAAACAUUUAAGUUCCUUUCUCAUUUCCUUUUGUGUAUAUUCUGUGUGUGUGUGUGUGUGUGUGUGUGUGAGAGAGAGAGAGAGAGAGAGAGAGAGAGAGAGAGAGAGAUUACAAUCAUAGGGAUUACAUGUAACAUCCUAAAGUUGUAACACUAAUUUGGGUUUAUACCAGUUUAACUUCAGUAACAUACAAAAACUCUGAUCCUUUAUAGUUCUGUCCCCACUCCUUUCAGUUGUUGAUGUCACAAAAUUAUACCUUUAUAUAUUAUGUCCAAAAGCGUAAACAAACAAUUGUUCAAAAUGCAUCAGGCUCCUACAUUAUGUAGAAAACAAGGGGCACCUGGGUGGCUUAGUAGGUUAAGUGUCUGACUUUGGCUUAGGUCAUGAUCUCAAGGUUUGUGGUUCAAGCCCCACACCCAGCUCUGUGCUGACAGCUCAGAACCUGCAAUGUGCUUCAGAUUCUGUGUCUCCCUCUCUCUCUUUUCCUCCCCUGCACACUCUCUCUCUCAAAAAUAAAUAAGCACUUAAAAAAUUUUUUUAGAGAAAAAUAUAACUCUACUCUUUGUUUUCUACCUGAUUUAAGAGUAAUAGAUUUUUUAAAAAGCAGUUCGUCUAUGGGGUGCCUGGGUGGCUCAGUCAGUUGGCAUCUGACUUCAGCUCAGGCCAUGAUCUUGAGACUCGUGAGUUUGAACCCUGCAUCUCAGACUCCUUGCUGCCAGCUUGGAGCCUGGAGCCUGCUUUGGAUUCUGUGUCUUCCUCUCUCUGCCUUCCCCGCUUGUGCUCUGUCACUGUCUCUGUCUCUCAAAAAUAAACAAACAUUAAAAAAAAAAAAGGGCAGAUCGUCUAAAAGCCAGUAUUAUUGCAACUUUGGUUCAUAACUGCACAUUUUGUUUUCUACAUAAUUUAAGAAAUUAAUGCAUAUGUUGGAUUUUGUUUAUGUAUAAUUAUAUCCUCUCUGAAUAUAACAGUUUUUUUUAAUAUGAAAUUUAUUGUCAAAUUGGAUUCCUUACAACACCCAGUGCUCAUCCCAACAGAUGCCCUCCUCAAUGCCCAUCACCCACUUUUCCCUCCCUCCCACCCCCCCAUCAAGUCUGAGUUUAUUCUCAGUUUUUAAGAGUCUCUUAUGAUUUGCCUCCUUCCCUCUCUGUAACUUUUUUUUUUCCCUUCCCCUCCCCCAUGGUCUUCUGUUAAGUUUCUCAGGAUCCACAUAAGAGUGAAAACAUAUGGUAUCUGUCUUUCUCUGUAUGACUUAUUUCACUUAGCAUAACACUCUCCAGUUCCAUCCACGUUGCUACAAAAGGCCGUAUUUCAUUCUUUCUCAUUGCCAAGUAGUAGUCCAUUGUAUAUAUAAACCACAACUUUUUUACUUAUUUCCAGUCAUCAUAUAUUUUAUUUCCCUUUUUCACCUAUUACACUGGCUAGAUCUCCAUUACAGUGCAGAAUCAGAGUAAUAGCCUCUCCUUUUUUUCAAUCUCGGAAAGCUUUCAGUCUUCAUCUUUGUGUAUAAUGUUUUCUGUGUUGGGAGAUAACUUCUGUUAGAUUCAGGAAGUUUUCUUAUUUUUCUGAGUUUUUAUCCUAUUGAAUUUUAUAAAAGAUUUUUCUGUAUUGUUUGAGGUAAUCAUUUGAUUUUGUUCUUAUAAUCAAUGGGAUAAAUUUUAUAGAUCAAUUUUGCUAGUGUACCAAAUUUAUAUUCCUAUAAUAAAACUAACACAGUCCGAAUACAUUCUUCUUAAUAUAUUUCUGGAUUUGGCUUGCUGGUAUUUUGUUUAGUAUUUUUUCAUCUGUGUUCACUAGAGAGAUGGACCUGAAGCUUUCCAUUCUUCAACUCUCAUUGUUAAUUUGUAGAAUCAAAGUUAUGCCAGCCUCAAAAAAUUGCUUUUUUGUUUUCUCAUAAACUGUAUGUUAGAAAUGUUUAUUUUCUUUGAAUAUUUGGUAGAUCUCUCCAGUGACACUGUCUUGGCCUGGAGUGUUGUUGUUGUUUUGGGAUUUCUAUAGGAAUAUCUUUGAUUGUUGAUUCCAUUGAACAGUUAAAAAAAACUCUUCAAAUUUUCUUUUUCUUCUCUGAAACAGUUUUGAUAAAUUAUAUUUUUCUAGAAAUGCCUCCACGUCUUCUGAAUUUCCAAGUAUUUUGGAUAAAAUUUGUUUAUAAUAUCUUCUUAUCUGAUGUCUGAAGCAUCUGUAAUGAUUGCAUUGCUGAUACUGAUAUUUGUUUUUUUUUUAAUAUAUGAAAUUUAUUGUCAAAUUGGUUUCCACACAACACCCAGUGCUUAUCCCAAAAGAUGCCCUCUUCAAUACCCAUCACCUACCCUCCCCUCCCUCCCACCCCCCAUCAACCCUCAGUUUGUUCUCAGUUGAUACUGAUAUUAUUUGUACCUAGUCUCUUUUGUCCUUAUCAUUCCACCAGAGGAUUGUCAAUUUCAUUACUCUAUAAAUAAGCUUUGAUUUUUUAAUCUUCUUUAUUUUAUAUUUGUUAUAUAUUUUCUCUUUAUUACCUCGCUCCUUCUGCUUUCUUUGCUUUCAUGUUGCUGUUCCUUUUCUGUCUUCUUGAAAUAGAAGCAUAUCUCACAAAUUUUCACCUUUUGUUUUUUCAUCAUUUGAAUAUAUUUUCUUAAAUGCUAUUGAUUUUCUCCCAGACACUGACAUAGCUUUAGCAUACAAGUUUUGAUACAUCUAGUAUUUUCAUUCUUAUUUACUUCAAAAUAUUUUCUGAUUUUCAUUUCUUCUUUCAAUCCAUGUGUUAUUUAUAAGUACAUUUUUAAAUUUCUAAACAUAUGGGGACAUACUCUCUUUUUGUUAAUUACUUCUAUUUUCUAUAGAUAUGUCUCUUAGAAACAGUAUAUAGUUUUGUUUUAGACCAUUUAGUUCAUUUAUACUCAGUGUAAUCCAAAGUAUAUUGAGAUUUGUUAUGUUUUAUUUUAGUACUUCCUAUUUUUAUCAUCUCUGCUUUCUUUUUCUUUCCUUUCUCAUCUUUUUUUAUUGACUAGGUGUUUUUUUUUAAUCAUUCCACUUCUCCCCUUAAGUUUUAGAAAUUAAAUACUCUGUUACCCUAGAAAUUAUGCCAUAUAUAUUUACCAUAGGAAAGUCUAAAGUUAAUCAAAGCCAUUUUCCUCUAGCCAGAUAAUCCAAGAACUUUGGAACAUAUUAACACCAUUUGUUUCCCUGGCCCAACUUAUAUGUUAUUGUUGCCAAAUUUUUAAGUCUGCUUUGUAGUGUUUUUAUUUCACACUGCUAAUUAUUUUAUAUAAUUACAGUUCAUUUAGCCCAUAUAUUUACCACCUUCUUUGUUCUGCAUUUCUUCUUAUAUCUCAAACAUUCCAGCUAGGACUACUUUUCUUACUUUUUUUGUUUUUAAUGGUUUUUUUUUUUUUUUUUUUGAGAGAGACAGAGUAUAAGCAGGAGAAGGGCAGAGAGAGAGAUGGUGGGGGACAGAGGACCCAAAGCGUUUUCGGUGCUGGCAGCAGUGAGCCCAGAGUUGGGCUCGAAAUCAUGAACUGUGAGAUCAUGACCUGAGCCAGAGUUAGACACUUAACUGACUGAGCCACCCAGGGCGCCCCUAUUUAUCCUACUUUUUAUGUUCCUAUUUGAGCAGUAUUUUGGCUGGUUGACAGAAUUCCAAGUUGACUGCUAUUUUGUUUCAGAAAAUUAAAAACAAUCUGUUUACCUCUGACUUCUGUUAUUUCUAUAUAGAAGACAUCUGGCCACCUCACUUAUCACUCCUUUGAAAGUAAUCUCUUUUCCUAUGACUAUUUAAAUGUUUUGUUUUUCUGUCCUUUCACUGUGAUGUAUCUUAAGUAUGGGUGUCAUUUCAUUUGUUGUAUUUUGUGCCUUUUGAUAGUGUAGAUUGGUGUUGGUUCAGAAAAUUGUCAGAUGUCAACUUUUCAAAUAUGGCAUCUGGAAAUCUCUGUUUCCUGCCAUGAUGGAGAAACUGGUGCCAGACUUAACUUCCCACAAGAAACAACUAGAAAACUGGACAAAAUAUUUGAAACAAUUAUUUUUCUGAUACAAGAGAGAUAAGAAACAAGAUAAAAUCUAGACUCACCUUGGAUUUCUGUGUCAAGGUACUUUCAUGACCAUGGUCCAGAGAGGGUACAUCUCAGCCACUUCCAAGUCUGCCUGAGUAACUGAAAUCUGCAAGGCAGAGAACCAGAGAAGAUAGAGCUACACAGAGAAAGAGCUUUAGAAAUCUGCAUAGUAGUCUCUUUGUGUUUCUUACUCAUACAUAGAAUGAAACUCAAAGAAGCUAGGCAAACAAUGACUAAGGAGCUAUAAGCUGAAAAACAUCAAUAGCUCACAUAGGGCUAGGAGAUAUUAGAGUUCUGCCCAGCCAGAGGGGAGAAUCCUUCAGUAAAGAUUCCAGAAUGACUUUAGCUUAUUAAUAGAAUUAAGCCAGCCUAGAACAAAAGGUAUUCUAAAUUUGCCUUGACAAGACUUAAAACCAAGCCUCAAAAUAAUCUAGCAUGUUCUCAAGUAAUUUAAUUGCCUGCCAGAAAAAAUCCAACACUUUUAUUACCAGGUAAGCAAAAAAUAGUACCCAUAACCAAGAAAAAAAGAAGCAGUGCAUAGAAACACACUCAGAAAUGACAGAGGUUUGGCAUAAUUAAACUUUGAACUAGUGGUUAAAAAUGUGCCCAGUGAUUUAAAGAAAUACAUGAAGAUGAUGAGAAAGGAACCAUAUGAAAAUUUGGGCAUGCUAAUUAUAAAAUUGGAAAUUGCUUUAUUUACUGGAUGGGAUUAACAAAAAAUUAUACACCGCAGGAAAAAAGAUCAGAGAACUUGAAGACAGAAAAGAAAAUUACCCAAAAAUGAAGCAUAAUGAGAAAAAAAGACAAAAACAAAGACAGCCUCAGUGACCAGAGGGACAAUAUCAAGCAGGGUAAAGUGUGGGGGUGACAGUUAGGGGUAUUUUAAGAAAUAAUAGUCAAAAGUUUUCCAUAUUUGAUUAAAAAAAAAACCUUUGUAUUAGUUAUCUAUUACUAAUUUGUAUUAGUAAUUUGUUAUAACAAAUUACUUCAAAACUUAGUGGCUUAGAACAACAUUUAUUAUUCCACAGUUUUUUUGGGUCAGGAGUCCAGGCUUAUCUGAAUCAGAAUGCCUCUGACUCAGGAUCUGUGAUGAAACUGCAAGCAUCUCAAGGCUCCAAAGGGGAGGAUUCACUCCCAAGUUCACUUUAAAGCCAUGGCAGUCCUCAAGUAUUAAUUGUUGUUGGCAGGAGAUAUCAGUUCCUUGCCUUGUGAGCCUCUUUGUAUGUGUACUCACAACAUGACUGCUUGCUUCCCUCAGAGUGAGAGCUGAGAAAGAAAGAGGCAAAGAAAGGAAGAAAGAAGAGAAGGGAAAGCAAAAGUUGUUCUUUUUUAAUCUAAUCUUUCAGUGACAUCUCAUCACUUUUACCUUUUUCCAUUAAUUAGAAUCAAGUUAUUGUGUAUAGCACCCCUUUGAAUGUGGGGGUCUGAAUACCAGAAGGUACAGAAAUUGGGAGCCAUUUUAGAGGCUACCUGCCACACCAUUACAUUACACAAUAUACAAAAGUAACUUGAAAUGAAUCAUAGUCUUACAUAAAAGGAAAACAACAAAAAUUCUAGAAGAAACAUGAAAAAAAUCUGUAGUAAGCAAAAAUUUCUUAUAUAGGACACAAGAAGAACAAAUCAUUUAAAAAAUUGAUAAAUUGGACUACAUUGUAUUAACUUCUCUUCAAAAAUCACCAUUUAAGAAAAUCAAAAUAAGACUGUGAGAAAAGAUUUGCAAAUAGUAUAACUGACAAAGAACUUGUACUCAGAGUACUUUAUUUUUUUUAAUGUUUAUUUUUAUUUAUUUUUGAGACAAAGAGAGACAGAGCACGAAUGGGGGAGGGGCAAAGAGAGAGAGGGAGACACAGAAUCUGAAGCAGGCUCCAGGCUCCGAGCUGUCAGCACAGAACCCAACACGGGGCUCCAACUCACAGACCGUGAGAUCAUGACCUGAGCUGAAAUUGGAUGCUUAACCGACUGAGCCACCCAGGUGCCCCCGGAGUAUUUUAAAAAAAUCUUACUGGUCAAUAAGGAUAAUAACAGUUUGGCAGUUUACUACAAAGUUAAAUAUGUACUUACUAUAUUAUCAUGCAGUUGGACUCAUAAAUAUUUAACCAAGAGAAAUGAAAACAGAUUCACACACAAAAAAACUUGUGCACAAGUCUUUGUAGAUGCUUUAUUUAUGAUAGCCAAAAAUGGGGAAAAAAACCCAAAUGUUCAUCAAGAGGUGUGUGGAUAAAUACUCAGCGAUAAAAAGGGACAAACUACUGAUAAAUGCAACAACAUGGAUGAUUGUCAAAAGUGAGCUGAAACAAAAGCCAAAGAAGAGUGCACACUGUAUGAUCACAUUUAUAUGAAAUUCUGAGAACGAUAAUUUUAAUCUGUAACGAGAACAGUUUAGUGGAUGCGUAGGGCUGGGGUUAGAGAUGGGACAAUGACUACAUGGGAUCAUGAGGGAAUAUUUUGGGGUAAUGGACAUAUUCUGUGUAUUAACUGUGAUUGUAGUUAUGUGACUAUAUGCAUUUGUCAGACCUUACCAAACCCUACACUCAAAAUGACUACAUUUAUUUUCCAUAAUUACAUUUCAGUAAGGUUGGUUUUAAAUAUUGCCUUCGUUCAGUUCUCUCUCUCCCAUACUACAUUACUGUGUCUCUAUUUCCAUCUUUUUCUUUCACUGUGCUAUAUUCAGUUUCUUCAAGUCUAAUAUUUUAUGUUCUCUUUAUGUUCAACCUUCUGUAUAUGUCCACUGAGUUUUUAUCUUAAGGGUUUUUUGUUACUAGAAGUUCUAUUUAACUUGGUCAUAUCUGCCAUUUUACAUUCUUAAAGCCUCCUUUUUCUUGCUGACAUUUCCAAGUUUGCCAUGCUUUUCUUUUAAAAUAGUAAACAUUAUUUGAAAGACCACAUCUGAUAAAUUCAAUAUGAGACAGGUUUGUUUCUGCUGGUUCUAUUCAUGUUGUAUGGUUGCUCUAUCUGCUUGUUAGUAAUUGCACUGGAAAAUUUUUGUUAUGGGGAUUACCUAGACAGGCUUUGCCUUUGCUGCUUCUGGGUGCCUUAGAGCACUUCUGGUUUUGAGCACUUGACCAUACAGUUAGGCUUUCUGGACUACCCUAGGUAUUUGUUCUUUGAGGUAAAUCUGUAAGAUAGCUGGUCUGUGGCCACAACUUCACAGGAAUAUUUCUUUUUUCUUUUCUUCUCCUGUUUUGCUUAUGACCAAAGUAGCUUCUCUAUAGUUCUAUGACUUUACAAGGAAGGACAUGGAUUAAGAUAUGUUUCACCUUUAUCCUGAAAGAGUAUCAGUAUUGGAAAAGGUUUCUCUACCACACCCCCUCAUGAAAGAACGAGAUCCUAAAUAUGGGCUAUUGUAAAUGCCUUCUGGGGCAUAGGAAGCAUUGGUGUUCCAGUAUUCUGCUUCUUUUUCUCAUUACAAACUUCCAUUCAGUAACUAUCUUGGGACUUUUUGCUAUAUUUUCAUCUCUUUAAUGCUUUUAAAGUGUUGUAGAGUUUUUCAUGGGUUGAUUAAUCUGAAUGCCCUGGUGUGCUUUUACUGGAUCUAAGCAUAUAUAUCUCUUUAAAAAUAGCCACCUCAUUUAGCACAGUGAUUGAUAUGUCUUGGUGAAAAUCUUUAGAUAACUUUUGUCUUGUACAGAGUUUACAUGUGUGUCUGGUCGAUUACAGCAUCCUGGAAGUUGAAAUGGACUGUAGCUACAAAAUAAAUCAAUUCAAACUAUUACAGGGAAUUAGCCUCAGGGUCUUUAGAACCAGUGUUGCACUUGUAGAACAUAUUACUUCUUUAAUAAACAUUAGCAAUUGAUAUUAGUAUUAUGUCUUAACUAAAAGAAAUACAUUGUGUGCCUUUGUGUUGUAACCAAAUUACUUUGAGUGAGAUAUAGCAAGGGCAGAUGCAGAUUAAGAGACAAAGGAAAGAAUUUUAUAAUUUCUUAUAAUCGCAGUUUCCUGGGGCAAACACAGCACACCACAGAGGGACACUGAAGGGUCACAAGGCAGAGGAAGUAGAGGUAACAGUGGGCAAGUCCCUUUAUUGUAUUUUCCGGUGGAAGGAAUAAGGCAGGGUAAGUAGGGUUAGGAUUGGAUAAUUUGAAUGAUUUCAGUGGGCUCUGGUUGCCUGAUACCUCGCCUUGGGGCAGUUAAGGCAGAUGUACAGUGGUCCAGAGUAUGAGAGCCACAUAACCAAAGUGGUUGGGAGUGUGCAUUUAAUCGGCUGUACAAGGAAAAAAAAAAAAAAACAGACCUCUUGCUAGGGCCUCAAAAUUGAGUCAAGACAACAUAUAAAAACAACUAUAUUAUACCUUGAAGCAACUAAUAGUAUAGAGUCAUAAGCCUAGGAUAUAAGGACAGAUUUUAAUAGGACAGAAGUGCCUAACUUUGAAUUUAUUUAUAUCACGGUUUUGAAAGAUAAAAAGUACCUGUCAUGUUAGCUGAGAUCUUAAAAACAUCUUGAAAAAUGUAGCAUAAUUUGUAACUAUACUUCUUGCUUAGUGAGAGACUUCCCAUGCGGAGGAUGUCCUGUAAAGAUUUAACAUUGCAUUUUCUAACAUAAUAGCUUUUUCUUCAGUCAGUAUGCUUUGAUAAUUAGACACUAUAAAUCUACCCAAAAAGCUUUUGUCACUUGACAGAUAUUUUGCAUCAGGCUUAAGAGAAAGGCAGUGCCACUUCUUUGUGGGUCUCAUUACACUUGAUUUUUCCCAUAGUUCUCAGAAAAAAAAGUAAUGAAUAAAUCAAUUUGGUUUACUAUUAUCUUUGUAUUAAAAAUUACAUGUAGAUUAUUAAAAUGAUAUAAACUCUGCAAGAAUAUAAGCACAUUAACAUUUUAUAUAGUUGCUUUUUUUAUUGGUAAACCUACCUGAAAAUAUCCAAAUUUGCUCAGAUUCAGGGUUUUAGGACACCUUUAAAAGUGUUCAGCAAGAUUAUUUACAUCUUGGCUGUCUCUACACUUUAUUAAGUUCAGAAUUAAGUUCAGAAUUCCAGUUUAAAGUGUCUAAUACUUCAGUUUGCAGAUUUAUACAGGUACUUUCAGAAACAAAAGCAGAUACCUAAAAACUCACUUUAAUUUAUAUAAAAAAAACAUGUGAGUGACCACUCUUUUCUAAGCAUUCUGCUAGCUGCUAUUGAAACACAGCGAUGAGUAAGACCAGGCCCUGCUCUUAAGAAGUUACUAUAUCCCAUUACCCAUUUUUUGUUUCUCCUUUUAGUGUUCAUCAUUAAGAGUUACUGCAUUUUGGGGCAUCUGGGUGGCUCAGUUGGUUAAGCAUCCAACUGUGGCUCAGGUCAUGAUCUCGUGGCUUGUGAGUUCAAGCCCCACUUUGGGCUCUGUGCUGACAGCUCAGAGCCUGAAGCCUGCUUCAGAUUCUGCCUCUCUCACUCUCUGCCCCUACUCUGCUUGCACUCUGUCUGUCUCUCUCAAAUACAAACAAACAUUAAAAAAAAAAUCUAAAGGGGCACCUGGGUGGCUCAGUCAGUUAAGCAUCGACUCUUGAUUUCAGGUCAGGUCAUGAUCUCACGGUUUGUGAGUUCAAGCCCUGCAUCAGGCUCUGUGCUGACAGCAUGGAGCCUGCUUGGGAUUCUCUCUCUCCCCCUAUCUCUCUGCCCCUCUCCUGCUCAUGCUAUCUCAAAAUAAAUAAAUAAAUUUUAAAAAAUUAUUUAAAAAAAUUUUUAAAGUAAUUGCAUUUUAUAUUUAUUUCUUUAUACUUUUUAUCUUCUUUCUCCCUCAUGAAGGGAGAAAAUAUACUUUUUAUCUUUACUUUCUCCCUGCAUAAAGUAAGUUGUCUCUUGUGUUCCCCACUAUAUCCCUAGACCCUAAAAGAGUGUCCAGCCCUAGAAGAUACUCAAAACAUAUUUGAGUGAAUGAAUGAAAGCUAGUUGAUCUUUUUUCAAUUGUUUUUUCUUUUCUAGGACAAAUUCCCCUUUCAAUUUUGAUCCUUUAUGCAGAAUUUUAGUUUUUGAAAUGCAAUUGAACUUUGUGAAACAUGAUAAAGUAUAAUGUGCCGCCACUAUUCAAGAAACUAAGAAACAUAAAUUGCCAUAAUUAUACCACAGCCUAUAGUGAAGUUUUUUCUUAUCUCAUAAAGUUGUUUAAAUGGUAUUCAUUCUAAUAAUUAUUAUGAAAACUGUCAAUGAUAAAGGAAUACAUAGUCUAAGAUGAAGGCACCAGGAUUGAGUGAAAUAAGUUAAAAUUAGUACUGCUCAUAAUCAAGAUCAUACUUUCAGAGGAUAAAAUAUCACACAAAAUAAUGUGGCUAGGAUUAUUUAUCCAAUUGUUUGAAUUCAUGUUUGAACUCCUGUUCUAAAAUUUCAAGUACACAUUGGUCAUAUAUUACAAACCUCUGUGAAGUAAGCAUGUGUAUCCAUAGGCACCAACACAUCAGUAGUUAUUGGCACAUAAUAUUUAUUGAAUGAAUAUGCAUAUAUAAGCAUAAAUAUUUAUGUAAACAUAAAGUCCAUAGCAUAGUGCUGGGCAUUUGUUAAGUAUUAUGUACAACAUUUAUAGGUGAUUUAGUUGAAUUACUGAAGUGUGAUUUUUUUUAAAGGAGUUUUUGCCAGCCAGUAGUAUAAGACCAAAGAAGAAUCCCUUCCACCUGAAAUCUGAGAUGCAAUGCCAGCUUUAUGAGCAAGCAGAAUAGGUAGCUCCAUAUAUGACUGAUUUAAAGGAGUUUCCUGAGGGCAUGUAAGUGGCUCAGUUGGUUAAGUGUCCAACUCUUGAUUUCAGCUCAGGUCAUGAUGUCAUGGUCAUGAGAACAAGCCUCACUUUGAGCUCCACGAUGGGCACAGAGCCUGCUUGGGACUGUCUUUCUCUUCCUCUGCCCCUCCCCUAUUUGUACACAUCUCUCUCUCUCUCUCUCUCUCUCUCUCCCUCUCUUUCUCUCUC